CGUGAUCAUGGCCUGCCGCAACUUGGAGAAGGGAGAGAGACUGAUGGAGAGUGAGGGGAUGCUGGAGGGAGAUAGGGAGGAGAGUGAGAGGAGGUGUCAGGUGAUGCAUUUGGAUCUGGCUUCCAUGAAGAGUGUCAGGAAGUUCGCGGAAGUUAUCGCUAAGCGUCACGGGACGAUCAACGUAUUGAUAAACAACGCCGGGGUUCUGACCGGUGUCAAGGCCGAUACAGAAGACGGCCAUGAAAUUCAUUUUGGCGUUAACUAUUUAGGACACUUCUACCUUACUUACCUUCUACUACCGACCCUGAUGACGUCAUUUCCGGCUCGGAUCAUCAACGUAGCUUCCCACGUAGAGAGCUUUCCGGUUGAUUUCAAUGAGCUGAACUGCAGAAAAAGUUAUCUGAACGCGUACGGCAGGAGUAAGGCCUGCAACAUCAUGUUCACCGUUCACCUGGCUAAGUUACUCAAAAACACCCACGUCAAAACGUGCAGUCUCCAUCCUGGUUAUGUGGCAACCAACUUAGCUGCUGACGUGCAAGACACCUGCCUGUUACGGAGCAUCAAGUGUUACAUGACGUGUACGUGCAAGAAGCUGGUGAAACCGGAUGAAGGCGCCAUGAUGACGAUGAUGUGCUGCGAGAUGGUAGAUGAAGAGAUGGAAAAUGGAGGGUUUUAUAGAGACAGCAUGCUCUCAAAACCUCCGAAGCAUUGUAGGGAUGCGAUGAGAUGCGAAAAGUUAUGGAAAGGGAGUUGCGAGAUGUGCCACCUGCCAGAGGACUUGCGUUUGCAUCUCCUUCAAAAGUGACGGCACCUGCAGCUACUAUUACAAGGAAUUCCAUAUUACCUAAAUCUGAAAUCUCAACCUAAUUUUUUUAUUAAAACUAAUUUUAUUGUUAAAAUAAUUUGUUAAAUCUAA